AGACCAAUCAACGGGAUGCACAGUGUCGUAGUAGACCAAUUGAAUGCAACUAAGGUUAGGGGGCUGACUCUAAGGACAUGUGUGCGUAGGCUGCGUACUAUCCUGCCGACAGUAGAUUCCAAGUUUGUAAAGCUCGUUUUCAAAAAAAUUACAAUAGUUGGACUUGUAAUUAAUUAGUGUGAUUGCCUGUUGAUUCCAUGAAUUAAAAUUACAUGACACAAAUCUGUGGAAUGGGCUUUGCAUUUAACUGGCUAGCUACAUACAAUGGUAAAAGCCUUUGACAUCCAGUGCUAGAUGCUAACUAGCUAGAUAGCUAGUUGAAUGAAAGUUUCCCUACCAUAGGGUUCAUAUCGGUGCGGAGGAACUGACAAAUGUUCCAAUUUAUUUCUGGAUCGCUGUGGAGAAGGACAUCCUUCAUUGUGAAGGGAUUGAGAGGUAAACAGGCGAAGAAUCGGUGCAGCAGUGGCCUUUGUGACGCUGAUACCAUCUUUGCGCUGUCCUCUGGGCAUGGUAGAUGUGGUGUGGCAGUGGUGCGGGUUAGCGGCCCCGCCUCUGGUCUUGUGCUAAGCAGUCUGGCUGGCCAGACGCACAGCCGCACCGCUCCACGUACGGCACGCCUCUGCAACAUCAUUAACCCUCGCUCCCAGGAGCUGCUUGACAGGGGACUGGUUCUCUGGUUCCCAGGUCCUCGCAGUUUCACAGGAGAAGACAGUGUGGAGUUUCACAUCCAUGGUGGUCUUGCUGUAAUCAGUGGGGUCUUACAAGCCUUAGGGAGCUUGCCCGGCGUUCGGCCCGCAGAGGCAGGGGAGUUCACGAGACGGGCCUUCCACGCCGGGAAGCUGGACCUGACCGAGGUGGAGGGGCUGGGUGACCUGAUCCACGCGGAGACAGAGGCCCAGAGGAGGCAGGCCCUCCGGCAGAUGGCAGGAGACCUGGGCCGGCUCUACCUCGACUGGAGCCAGAGGCUGAUCAGGUGUUUGGCUCAUGUUGAGGCGUACAUAGACUUCAGCGAGGACGAGCUCAUCGAGGAUGGGGUCUUAAACCAAGUGGACAGCGCUGUGUCUAAGCUCCAGACGGAGGUGGAGAGACAUCUGCGGGAUGGACGCAGGGGGGAGAGGCUUCGCAGUGGAGUCCAGGUAGUCAUCGCUGGCAACACCAACGCGGGGAAGAGCAGCCUCCUCAACGUCCUCUGUCAGCGGCCGGCAGCCAUCGUGUCUCCGGUGGCUGGGACCACCCGAGAUGUGGUGGAGACGCACGUGGACAUCAGCGGCUUUCCUGUCCUCCUGAGCGACACCGCCGGGCUGAGAGACACCCUGGACAGCGUGGAGAGGGAGGGAGUGCGCAGGGCCAGGGAGAGGGUGGAACAGGCGGACCUGACACUGGCCGUUCUGGACGCCGUGCACCUUCCCAGAACGCCCGGGGGAGUGCCGGACUUCCUCCUGGCCCACCUCGGGGCUCUCCUGCCCGGGGGAGAAGGCCGGGAGGAGGCCUGGAGACGCUCUCUGCUGGUCCUCAACAAGAGCGACCUGCUCACCGCGGAGCACGCGGCCGAAGUACAGAGCGCACUCGAUGGAGCCCAGGGUCUGCCCCCCUCCUGCCUGCUGUCCUGCCAGACAGGGCAGGGCCUGGAUGGCUUCAUGGAGGCUUUGGAAAAACAAGUGAAAACCCUGUGCGGGGACCCCCUCAGCGGUGCCCCCAGUCUGACCCAGGCCCGGCACCGAGCCCACCUCCAGCAGUGUGUGGAGGCCUUGGCACAGUACCACCACUACCGGGAUCUGGACCUGGCCCUGGCUGCCGAAGGGGUCAGGCUGGCCCUCACCAGUCUGGGCAGGAUCACAGGCAAGGUGGGGGCCGAGGAAAUCCUGGAUGUCAUCUUCAGGGACUUCUGCAUUGGAAAAUAGUCGUCCUGCCAAGGCCUGAACCGAGACCGUCCCAGCCGCGGCGUGACAGCGGUCAGCUGAGGAGAUUGGCAUGGACUGGUUUGUGUUUCACCACUUGGAGCUAGUAAACAGUCUCAGUUACUUGUUUUGCUCCUUCACAAGGACCGCAGCGCAGACCUUGAGGAAUAAGUUGAGUAUUUGUGUGUUGAAUUCAGAAACGUCUCUUGAGAAAACACCAUAAAAAUAAAAAAAAAUAAAAAAAUAAAACCUUGUGGUUUGUGGCUUUUGCCAUACGCCCUGCGCUCAGCUACGCAGGAAAGGGACUUUUCAGAAGCAGAAGCACAAUGUCCUUUGUUCCCCUGUCAAUCUGGCCUUGAUUAAAUAUUUAUGCUUCCUCAGUGACCCUCUCACCCCUCUUCCCAAGUUUACUCCUCAGCGCUGGCUGUGACGGCACGUCCUGGUCUGUGGUGCUGCGCUUAGCUCAGCAUGGUGUACCUUCGAACCUUCCUCCAAUUCACCCCGCCGACGUCUCCUCCUGCCACUUUCAUCUGGUGAUUGAUUAGUGCGAGGGCUUAGCAUGAGACGGCCGGGGCUAAAAUAAGAACACGUGUUUGUGCGCCGCUGUACAGUCUCCCUGUUACGUGGGUGAAUCCUUGGAAUGCCAAACAAACAAUGUGUGGAAUAUCUGGAAUAUUCUGUGGGAAAUUCUGUAUUGCGCCUUUUAAAAUCUUCAUGUAAGGCACAUAAAUAUAAAAACUGAA